AUGGGUUGGUUCUGGGCAGACCAGCCGAGGCCAAGUGCAUCGCUCGUUGCGCCGCAUCCUCUACCUCGAUCUGACGCCACUCCUCCUGCAGGAUGUCCUAUGCACAAGCCAGGCGCAAAUGCACCAAUGCCAUUCCUUCCACACCGAGAUCAAUCCUCGCCGUCACCAUCGUCAUGUCCAGUAAAAUCCCGCGAGCAGCAGCCCUCACCCGACACACCUCAAUCCUCUGAACCACAGCAAACUUCCCGAUCGUCUCUUGCGCUGUCCAAACUGAACCCGCUGAACUACAUGCCUUCACUUUCUAACAUUCGCCCUGCCGAUUCACCACAAGAGGUAUCUCUCCCACUUGAUCGAGAAAUCUCCUCCAUCCCCCGAGGCGACUCGGACUCGAACUGGGAAUACCCAUCCCCGCAACAAAUGUACAACGCGAUGCUGCGCAAAGGAUACACUGACACGCCUGCCGACGCCGUCGAGUCGAUGGUCGCUGUGCACAACUUCCUCAACGAGGGCGCCUGGAACGAAAUCGAAGAGUGGGAGCAAGUAUUCAGCAAAGGUCUCAUGCACGGCUGGCAGGUAUGCAGUCGGGGCGAACAAGGCAUCGCGAUGGAGCGUGCAAAACGUGAAAUGCUUGCCGAGCGCAGGAAAGCCUUGGGCUUGUCGGAUCCCGACGACGAGUCUCGUCCUAAACUUAUACGCUUUAUGGGCCGUCCGGGCGAACCGACUCCCAAGGCCCGCAUUCUCUCUGCUUUGGGAUAUGUGAUGCCAGAAAAGUUCGGGGGGGAACCGCCCUUUGAUCGACAUGACUGGUAUGUGUCACGCAAAAUGCCGGAUGGUUCUGUCAAGCAGGUCCGCUAUGUGAUUGACUAUUACAGCGGCGGUGUCCAGGAGACCGGCGAGCCUGUCUUCUAUUUGGACAUCAGGCCCGCUCUAGACACUCCAACCGCCGCGGUUGAGCGAGCAAUGAGAUGGGGCGGCGAUCUCUGGCAUCGCGCUAGCGGCGGUGCUGCCCGAGAAGCAGAGGCGAGGAGCAAAGGUUCCGAUGGCAACGCAAGUUGA